AUGGCGCCUGAUACAACGUCUAUACCUGGCUAUACGAUUUUCCGUGAGGAUGACUACGGCUCAAGUGCUGCUGCCAGUCAAAUCACCGGUCGACAGCCCCAUCCUCUAGACCAACUAAGCAUCGAGGAAAUCCCCCUCGCCGCAAAACUCAUCCGUGAAUACGCAUCUCCCAAAAAGCUCAAAUUCAACUGCAUCACUCUCCGCGAACCUACCAAGCGCGAGUAUGCCGCGUACCGCAAAGGUUCCGGUCCCCGACCUGACCGUCGCGUGUUCUCUAUUGUCCUCGAAGUCGGCACUCCUAACUGUGCCGAAGUCGUGCUGAACUUGACCAAGAACACUGUCGAAGAAUGGAAGGAAGUCAAGGAAGUCAUGCCAACUCUUACGCUAGAGGAUUUGGAUAUCAUGGAACGAAUCUGCCGUAAAGAUCCACGCGUGAUUCAGGCAUGCAAAGAAAUCGGGAUUACGGACAUGUCCAAGAUCUAUAUUGACGGAUGGGCAAUCGGUCAUGAUGAACGAUGGGGCUUUGAGCGCCGUUUGCAACAGGGUCUUGCUUAUUACCGCGAAUCUGCUUUUGAUAAUCAGUAUGCUCACCCUCUGGAUUUCUCGAUUGUGGCCGACACGGAAACGGAAGAGAUUCUCGCUGUGGAUGUUCGCACUGUGAAUGGUGAGCGGACAAAGGUUCCUCUUGAGGGAUCGAAUUAUCUGCCCGAAUUCAUUAGCGAUGGCUACAAACAUGAUCGUUUGAAACCUAUCAACAUUACGCAGCCUCAUGGUGUCUCGUUCCGUAUGCGCGGCAACGAAAUCUCCUGGGCAGGAUACAAGAUGCAUAUUGGCUUCAAUUACCGUGAAGGUAUCGUCCUUUCCGACGUUCGUAUCGACGACCCGUACCAGGAACGCGAGAGAACACUUUUCAACAGAAUCAGUGUUGUCGAGAUGGUUGUCCCCUACGGUAGCCCUGAGUAUCCUCAUCACAGGAAACAUGCCUUUGACAUCGGCGAGUACGGUUCAGGUUUGAUGACAAACUCUCUGAAACUGGGCUGUGAUUGCAAGGGAGCAAUUCACUACCUCGACGCAGUCGUCUCCACUGCAAAAGGAGAAGCUGCCAUGAUCAAGAACGCAAUCUGCAUUCACGAAGAGGAUAACGGCCUCCUCUUCAAACACACCGAUUACCGUGAUGGAACUGUUGUUUCAGCCCGUGAUCGCAAACUGAUCAUCUCUCAAAUCAUCACCGCCGCAAACUACGAGUAUGGUUUCUAUCAUACCUUCACACUUGAUGGAACGUACAAACUCGAAGUCAAGCUCACGGGUCAAUUGAACACAUACCCCAUGCAUCCUACGGAACAAGCUGCUCCCUGGGGAACAGAAGUUCAACGUGGCAUCAACGCCCAAAACCAUCAACACAUCUUCUCCUUGCGUGUUGACCCUGAGAUCGACGGACCCAACAACUCCGUCAUCCAAUCCGAUGCCCAUCCCUCCGAAGACCCCGUGGGAUCCCCCAACAACUACUACGGCAACGCCUUCUACGCAAAGAAAACACCCCUCCGCACCGCCCUCGAAGGUGCAGCAGACUACUGCCACGAAACAAGUCGAUCAUGGGACAUUGUCAACCCAAACAUCAUCAACGAAGUAUGCCAUAAACCUGUCGGAUACAAAAUCCUCAACAACAAUUGUCCUCAUCUCCUCUCCAAACCGGGAAGCGUAAUCUGGAAACGUGCCGGAUUCACCCGUCAUGCACUCUGGGUUGUCCCUUACAAGGAUUACGAAUUGUAUCCCGCCGGAGAUUAUGUCCCACAAUCUGACGGUCGUGACGAUCACCCUCAUAACCAGACCGUGGUAGACUGGGCGAACCGCAACGAAUCAAUCGAAAACACCGAUAUUGUAUGUUACCUGCAAUUCGGCCUGUCCCAUUUCCCGCGUUUGGAGGAUUACCCAAUCAUGCCCGCAGAGCCCGUUAGUAUUAUGCUUCGUGCUUCGAAUUUCUUUGAGAAGAAUCCUGCCUUGUGGGUUCCCCCCUCGGCGAUUUGUGUUGAUACGGUUUCGCACGAUGCUUUCCCGUCGGCGAAGAAGUGUUGCAGUAGUGAGAAGGAGGAGAAUCAAUCUAGAUUGUAAAUAAUAUAUACCUGCUGUGGAUAGCGUCGAUGGAGUUUUGAAUUAGUUUUUAGGGCCUUUUUAUUUAUAUCAAUGAUAGUUCGGAAAUUGUCCAAGAC